UUUCCAAAAAAAUACAGAGGUAAAUUUGAGGUGAUUUCUUCCUUCAUAAUUGCUUAACCGUGUGAUAAUAGAUAGCAAGAGAAUCAUUUUCUAUCCUGAAUUGAAGGGAAAUUUAGCAAAGAGAAGUAGAGAAUGACAGACCGUUACUUUCGGUUAAAGCCAAUACAUCAUCAACGCAACAGUGUCUUUAGCUUCUUCACUCAGUCCUCAAACUCCUCUCCCUCAAUAUAAUAAUCCUUUGUCUGGGGCAUGAACCACAGCACAGGUACAACACAAACAGUGACCCAUUAAGAAAGAGAAAGAUCAAUGAUAAGUUAACGCUAUGAAGUUGCGUUCCAACUACUCUUUAUAGUCUUUAGCUUUAUUCUUCUUCUAUUACCCCUACCCUUAUAGCCUUACCAAUCAAUCUUCCUUUUCCAUUCUUUCUUUCUUCGUUUCUUUGUUUCUUUCUUCCUUUCUUUUUCUUCCCUUUCUCUGUUCACUUUCUUCCCUUUCUUCACCCCAACACUGACCACAUUCUCACCCAUCAUUCUCAUCACAAAUGACAACAAACCCUUCAGCGAGUUCUGCAUGAAACGAACCAGCAUCACCACAGCUCCAUCAUUCAUCAUGGCCUCCUAGGUAACUUCAUCUACAAACUCAAAAACCCAGAGAGAUAGAUAGAUAGAGCCUAAAAGGGUUCUCUUUUGGCACAAGACUUAUGGCAACCAUUGCCACCUUCUUCAACAACUUGUUCCUCUAUCUUCUUAUCCUCCUUGUCCACCUUGGCUGCUUCACCAUCACCGGAAAACAAGACAACCGCCACUUGCCACCGUCAAAGAAACGCAAAAUCUCACCUUUGUCUCAACCCUCCUCCCCUUCCCACCCCAAACUCAAAACCCACAGAGCCCUUUCUUCUUCUUGGCAUUUCAUCAAACACCUCUUCUCCACAAAAUUCUACAAAACGAAAACCGCCACCCCAGCCGCCACCUUUUCAUCACCUCAAUCCUCGUCAACCUCCGCCUCCGCCGCCGCCGCCGCCGCACAUUCUCUAACCACCUCCAGAUCCUCCCAGCAAUCACUCAUCUCCCUGACACAACCCGACCCGCUUUUUCCGGAUCCUUCCUGCAGAAAAAAAUCCGGGUCGUGCCCAGAAUCCGACAUCUCCGCCGACAACAACCUCUUCUUCCCCCUCCGCAACGACAUCUUCCCCUGCACCGCGUGCGGCGAGAUCUUCCAGAAACCCAACCUCCUCGAACAGCACCAAUCCACCAAGCACGCCGUGUCGGAGCUCGUAGCAUCGGACCCGGGUCACAACAUCGUCCAGAUUAUAUUCAAGUCGGGUUGGCCCGAGACCCGGGAAUUCCCCAAGAUAAACCGGAUCCUCAAGAUCCACAACAGCCCGAAGAUCCUCUCCAAGUUCGAGGAGUAUCGCGAGACCGUUAAAUCCAAGGCGGCGCGUCACGGCGGCGCGUCGAGGCGUCACGACGAGCGCUGCAUCGCCGACGGCAACGAGCUCAUGCGUUUCCACUGCUCAACGUUCCUAUGCGACUUGGGACUCAACGGGGAUUCCUCAAUUUGUUCCCAACAAUUUUGUAAUAUUUGCGGAAUCAUAAAAUCAGGGUUCUCACCCAAGUUGGACGGAAUUUCCACGCUGUCAUCCAGCUGGAGGGGACACGCGUCAAUUCCUGAUGACAUCGAGCGUGAAUUUCGCUUCAUGAACGUGAAACGGGCCAUGCUAGUUUGUCGGGUAAUUGCGGGUCGGAUCGGGUCGGAUUCAGAUGAGGUUGAUAAAGAGGAUGGGGGUUAUGAUUCGCUGAUGGCGCGCGGAGGGAGCGGAGUUUACACCCGGCUUGAUGAGGAGGAGCUAUUGGUGUUUAAUCCUAGGGCUGUGCUUCCUUGCUUUGUGAUUGUGUAUAGUGUUUGA